AUGACAUUCUAAUCUAGUCUUCCAGAAAUUGAUAUUAUACCUGAAGGUGAAAAUAAAGAUUAAUCUUUUCUUUAAUAGAUAUUACAUAAUAGAACACCAAAUAAAAAAGUAUAAGAAUAAUAAGAAAUGUUAAUUGAAGAAUAAUCACCACCUAUUAGAAGAAAAUUAUUUUAAGAAAGAAAACUUUAUAAAGGUGAUAGUGAUAUAGAAGAAGAAGUUGAAGAGAUCAAAUAAAUGGCAAAAAUAAAAUCUGAUAAUCGAUCUGUAUUACCAGGAUAUUAGGUUCAUAAAGAUUAUACAGUAAUGCUUAAUUUGACUGAUAUUUCUUAUGGAGUUAAAGGUCAUAAUAAAUUUUAUUAAAUUUAAGUAUUAAAAAAAGAUGGUGACUAUUUUCUAUUUACUAAAUGGGGAAGAGUAAAUAUUAUAAUAAUAAUAUAAUUUAGACUGGUGCAUAGAAUCCUUAAUAAGAAAUAAAAGAGAGUGAUUUAUUGACUGCAAUAAAAGGAUUUGAAAAGAAAUUUAGAGAUAAAACUCAUUGGGAUUGGAGAGAGAGAAAUGAAUUUAAAUAGUAACCUGGAAAAUAUUGUAUUGUUGAUGUUAUAGGAAAUGGAGGAGGUUCUGUAAAUAGUGAGAUAGAAAAAUUAAAUUAAAGAAAUGGAAGAAUUGCAGCAAGAAUUAAGAAUUUAUAAUCUUCUCUUGAACCUGCAAUAUUUGAUUUAAUGAGUGAAAUUUGGGAUAUUCAAAGAAUGAAUAAAACACUAAAAGAAUUAAAUUUUGAUACAGAUAAAAAUCCAUUAGGUCGUUUAUCUGUAGAUGCUAUUAAAAAAGGAUUUAAAAUACUUAAUGAAAUUUAAUAAGCUUUAAGAGAUUGUAAAUAUAGUUUAUUAGUUGAUCUUUCAAAUGAAUUUUAUACAAAUAUUCCUUAAAAUUAUGGUAUGAAAUUACCACCUAAGAUUGAUAAUUAUGAAAUAUUAGGUUAAAAAAAUCAAUUAUUAACUAUGCUAUAAGAAUUAGAAUUAGCUAAUAGAUAUAUUAAUAGUACUUUGACUGAAAAUAGUGAUAUUAAUCCAUUAGAUUAAUUUUAUAAAUUAUUGAAAACUAAUAUUAAAGAAUGUUAAGAUUAAGAUAUUAUUUCUAAAAUUGAACAUUCAAUUAAUAUAUCACAUGGUCCAACACAUGAAAAAUUUAAAUUAUAAAUAUCUAAAGUAUAUGAAAUUGAAAGAAAAAAUGAAAAAAUUAGAUUCUUUCCAUUCAAAUCAUUAGAAAAUAGAAAAUUAUUGUGGCAUGGAUCUAGAAUAACAAAUUUUGUAGGAAUAUUAUCAGAAGGAUUAAAAAUAGCACCUCCAGAAGCUCCAAGUACUGGUUAUAUGUUUGGAAAAGGUGUUUAUUUUGCUGAUAUUUGUUCUAAAUCAGCUGGUUAUUGUGCUGCCAAUAUUGAAAAUCCUUAUGGAUAUGUAUUAUUAUGUGAAGUUGCUUUAGGCAACACUUAUUAAAUAUAUAAAGCUAAAGAUCAUGUUAGACCACCUCAAAAUUAUCAUAGUAUACAUGCAGUAGGUAGAAAUCAUGCAGAUCCUAAAACAAGAGAAAAGAUUAAGUAUAUAUAUAUAUAUAAUUAAUAAAUAGUAAUCUAGAUUUUGAGUCUGGAAAAGUUAUUCCAAAUGAAGAAUUAAAGAUUCAUAAUAUUGAAUCAAGUCUAAUAUAUAAUGAAUAUGUGGUUUAUGAUGUUGCUUAAGUGUAGAUUCAUUAUCUAAUAAAACUUAAAUUUAUUUUUUGA